AUGUCCAGGGUUUUCAGUCCGGUGUCGUGUAGCUCCACAUCGCAGCAGCAUGUGGUUAUCUCGACGUCGCCGGCUUCCUCCUCCAGCACGGCGCGAAUGUGGACUUACCCGACCGGGACGGUUGGAUGGCCAUCCACGUGGCGACUUGUUGGGGACAGGCAUUUUGAAGUGAUUGAGAUGCUGACCAACUUUGGUGCCAACCUUGAAGCACCGACGGUCACUACUGGAGAGACGGUUUUCGACAUCUGUGAAGACGAGAAAUUGCAUGAACGUCUAGUCCUUCUUAGGGAAGAGCUGAAACGCCGACAAACUCUCCACAAGGCUCAAAAUCAUGCAAAUCAGUUCGCCAGCAACGGGGAUAACAGCAAUAGGAGUCGCAGUGGACUCAGCCGACGGAGGAGCAGCAAUCCACGAAGUGCCUCGAUUCGGAGAACGAGCAUGAGAGACAAGGCGAAGUUGUCAUGGAAGGAGGCCCGCCAAGAGGCUGAGACGUGUUCCCUGGUUGUGCCAACAGCAGACGGGGAUUCCAUGGUAGAGGAGGUCGUGAAGACACCUGUUUGGAUGACUUCUGUCGAAGAUCCCAACGGAGGCAAAAACGUUCGAACACCUGAUUCUCCCGAAACGAUCCAGCCUCUUCCCGACCUCUACAGACACCCCUCUGCAACGCUUAACACACCUCUUCCACCCACUGCGCGAAUAAGGCCUACCAGCACCCCGACCAAAGGUGACACCCUGGUAGAUGGAUCCAGGUUACAAUCCCAAAAAAUUGAAUCCCUUCCUCGAAAGAGAGGCGGUGAAUCUCCCCCGCUUCGUCCCAGACUCACAUCGAGGUUGAGUGACUUGCAUCCUCCAGGUCGUCCCGCCAACGGAGCCCAACCGGCUCACUUCAUUUCCACCAACGGCAUUGGCCAACCAAAUCUCAAUCUGCACAAUGCCUACUACUCAGUUCCAAACCAACCGGUAACAAAGUGGACACAACCACGCGGAACACCCCAGGUUCUCCUAUCUACUGGUGCGAAACCCAUGGGAGGGGUCUCCCCAGGGGUUAUUGCGUCUCCCCUACAGCCCGGUGCCAGUGUUACUCGGCCACCAUUGAAACGGGACCUCAUAAUCAGUGAUGCUAGAAGAAUGGACCAGGGUAAUGUCGGCAUCAGUGGGAAGUGCUGUGCGAUAAUGUAG